AUGGAUUCUCUUCACUGCAUUGUGAGGUAUAAAGAAGAGGGUUGUGUGUUGGACUUUUCUGUGUUGCAGGGGUGGGAAACAGUGACAGACGAGAUGUUCAAGAAAAAUGUCGUCACGAUGAUAGUGGAUGUCACUACUGACAUGGUAGAAGCAGAGGGUCCAUUUGAUUCUUCCAUUGGCUCUGUUAUCUUGGGGGUGGGAUUGGUUGAGGGGUUGGGGGUUGGGGGCUCUUCAACAAAUGUUGAUGCAGAAAUCACUGCAAUUGGUCGACGUUAUGAUAGUGCACAACACUUUAAAGAAGCAUUACGUGAUUUGCCGAUCAAACGCAACUUCGAUUUUCAUUUCAUUAAAAAUGAUACACAAAGGGUUACUAUUAGAUGCACCAAAUCUAGUUGUCAGUGUCAUGUUCAUGCUUCAAGAGAAGGUAAUCUUCCCACUUUUAGAAUCAAAACUGCUAAUGGAACACACAUUUGUGGUGGUGGUAUUGUCACGACAUCUCAUCCAAAGGCUUCAAAGAAAUGGGUCAGUAGACAAGUAAUUCGGAAACUCCGUGAUCGUCCUUUAUAUAGUGUAGUUGAUAUACAACGAUAUACAUUACAUGAUUAUGGUGUUCAUUUUCCCUACAAACAAGCUUGGGUGGGCAAAGAGUACACAAGAGAGAUUCUUCAUGGGUGUGAUGUGGCAAGCUAUGACUUACUUAUAUGGUACGCCGAUAAAGUGUCUAUAACCAACACCGGUAGCAUUGUCAUCAUCGACAGAGACGGUGCAACUGGAAAGGAUGGUAAUGAAGGUUUCUUUCAUUUAGCUUUCACAAUUGUCGACAAUGAGAAGGAGGAAAAUUGGACUUGGUUCGUGUCGACAUUGGGUGAUGCACUGUAUGGCAAAGAUGACUAUGACAAGAUUAUAACAUUCAUUUCAGAUAGAUCCAAGGGGCUUGUAAAUGUAGUUAUGAAGGUUUUUCCUUCAUCACCACAUGCAUAUUGCUUACGGCAUCUGCAGGCAAACUUCUACAAAACUGGUAGUGGCCUAGGGAAAGCAUUGAAAGAUGAAUGCUGGUCUUUGAUUGUCAAGGUUACGUAUGCUUACAUAUCCGCAGAGUAUGAAGAUGUUGUGCAUGCACUUCCACUUGCAUCCGUUCAAGCGCAUAACUAG